CGCCCAGCCGGGGCAGGGCGGGGGAGCUGCAGAAGCGCCCCGUGCGGUGCGGUGCGGUGCGGUGCGGUGGUUUUUGAAACCUAUUUGGUAUCAUAUCACGUAUGUGCAGCGCCACGGCAUAGACCGGCGAGGGAUUUACGUGUUUAGCAACCACUGCUGUACCUGGCUGAAAGACUGACUAACUAUUGAUCUUUAGGCUACGAACGCGGCGUUUUACCACUUCUUGGAUGCUGUUGCUUUUCACGGGUUGUAAUGGAUUUAGACAGAAGCAAAAUGAACGAACACCCGAAAAAGAGGAAAAGAAAGACUUUGCACCCGUCACGGUACUCAGAUUCUUCAGGUGUAAAUAAAUACAUAGACAACAGUGGGAUUUUUUCUGAUCACUGUUACAGUGUCUGUUCUAUGAAGCAGCCAGACAUAAAAUUUUCUGAAAACAGAGGAAGAUACCAUGGUCCAGCACAGAACCAUGAUACGGAUGAUGAUGGCAGCCCAGUACAUGCUGGGACAUCGCAGUGGAGCGGGACCCAGUCAAAUAUCAUGGGGUUGCAUUUUAUAGAUUCAAGGAAGAAAGAAAAAGCUGCUAAUGGAAUCUGUAAAGAUAUGUGCGAGUCUCCUAUAUUCAGUGACAGCCCAACUGAAGAGGAGAAACCCCUUGAUAUUCAAACAGUAGAAAUUUCUACUACAGAAGUUAAUGCCAUAGAAGUUCAUGAUAUAGAAACACAAACCAUUUCACCUGAAAAGCUAGAAGCCGAAGACAUUGAGGAAAUACCUGUUGAAAGCUGCAAACUGUUUGAGAAGAACCAGGCUUUGAAUAUCACUGCUCAACAGAAGUGGCCUUUAUUACGAGCCAACAGCAGUGGCCUGUACAAGUGUGAGCUGUGUGAGUUUAACAGCAAGUAUUUUUCUGAUUUAAAACAGCAUAUGAUUCUGAAACACAAGACAUGCACAGACACAAAUGUUUGUAGAGUAUGUAAAGAGAGUUUCUCUAGCAAAGUGCUGCUGAUUGAGCAUGUCAAAAUACAUGAGGAAGACCCCUACAUAUGUAAAUACUGUGACUACAAAACAGUGAUAUUUGAGAACCUCAGUCAGCACAUAGCAGAUACGCAUUUCAAUGAUCACCUUUAUUGGUGCGAGCAGUGUGACGUGCAAUUCUCUUCAAGCAGCGAGCUGUAUCUGCACUUCCAGGAACACAGCUGUGAUGAACAGUAUCUGUGUCAGUUUUGUGAACAUGAAACCAAUGAUCCAGAAGACUUGCACAGCCAUGUGGUAAAUGAGCAUGCAUGUAGGUUAAUUGAGCUAAGUGAUAACUAUAACAACAAGGAGCGUGGACAGUACAGCCUCAUAAACAAAAUUAGCUUUGAUAAGUGCAAAAACUUUUUUGUAUGCCAAGUAUGUGGUUUUAGGAGUAGGCUGCAUACAAAUGUCAACAGGCAUGUAGCUAUUGAACACACCAAAAUAUACCCCCAUGUUUGUGAUGAAUGUGGAAAAGGCUUUUCAGGUAUGUUGGAGUACUGCAAGCAUUUAAAUUCUCAUCUAUCUGAAGGGAUUUAUUUGUGUCAGUACUGUGAAUAUUCGACGGGGCAGAUCGAAGACCUUAAAACUCAUUUAGAUUUUAGGCAUUCGGCAGACUUGCCUCACAAAUGCACCGAUUGCUUAAUGAGGUUUGGAAAUGAAAAAGAUCUUCUAAGUCACCUUCAGAUACAUGAGACAUCUUGAUGGUUUUAUUUUGCAUUGUUAUCAACUUAUUAGAAUUAAUGUACUUUCCAGUGGGUCAUUAUAAUGUGAUAUUAAAUACAGUUUUCAUAGAGAUUCCACAGUGGCUAAUUUUUAAUUACUCGUAUACUUGAUGUUGGGAAUUUUAGAUUGGCAGUAAAUAACCAUAAGUAUAAUGUGAUUGUUCAGUCAUUAGCAGAGCAAUUUAAAGGGCCCUCCUAUCUGAUAACAUUCAAUAGCACUUGUAUUUGACAUGAAGGGGAAGAUGGUUUUGUCUAGGUCAGAAAAAUGGGUGAGAAAACUAACUUCUACUUUUACACUUUUAAACGUCUUUAAUAUUAUUGUUUAGCAAACAGGGCUGUGUGUUUUCAACUGGAAACCCCAGUUUACUUUAUGGCAGCCAGGUGAGUACGUUCAUCUUCAGCAAAUUGCACUGACUGCUGGAGACAACCAUGCUCCAAAAAUGGCAUUUUGGCAGAUACUCCUAGCAAUCCUUUGCACCAGUCUACAAUUCCAUAUUACUCCUGCCAAGUCCUCCCACUCCCUACACUAUAAGUCCCUAAACUUGACCUGUCUUGCAUGUUGUGCUACCCCUACUCUGUUAGCACCCCCAUCCAACUGUUCAGUCCCAACUGAACUUAUUGAACAGUGCAACUGUUCGAUAGCCAUCUCAGUCCCCUGACAAAUGUCACAAUUUCCUGCCAUCUGCUACAGGCCUCCAAAUUUUUUAAUGCAUCUUUUUAUUAUUUUCUAUAGUUUCCUUUUCUUUGAGAUGCACCUAUUGACAGGUGUCACCUAUGUGGAGGUGUGAUGAUGGAAGUAGCUUUAGGGAUCCAGUUAACAAUGUACCCAGAGGUGUAAUCUUUGUAGGUACAAGGGGCCUAAUUCAGCUGUCAGUGAAAUGGGGUAUGUCCCUGACCUCAUUAAGAGUAAGACUGAGCCAUAAUUACCGUUAUGGUUAGCAUUACAUGACUAAGAGCUAAGGUAAUUUGCCUUAUUCUCAUCCCAUGAAUUCUAAACUUUCUCUCCCGUGUGCAUGUCCAAGUGUCUAGUGCGGUGUAUAAUAAAUUAAAAUAAUUGUAAUCCUUUUCCAGACUUUUCACCCACCUGUUCAGAUUGGAAACUGCCAAUGUCAUGCUAUCCUCUUUAAAAAGGAGUAUGUAUUCGUAAGGUGCUGUUUCUUUGCCAGGUUUCUGGCUGAUCAACAUUUAGACCUGAAAUAAGAGGUGUUUAGAUUCUGAUAGCUAUAAAGGUGAAAUAGCCAGUAAGUAAGUAGGAGUUUACAUUUGUCUGUAUUGACUGUAAAGUUGUAAUGUAUGAAAUUGUCCAAUAUAAGCUUUGUAUAAACAUAAUUCAUGUGCAAGUAUUUCUGUGGAGCUAUGAGAAUGAGAUCUGUGUUAAUAGCUCAGCACAAAAUUUUCAAGUUCUGUGUACUGAAUUCAUAAAGCUAAAGAUAAAAUUUAGUCCUGUACAGCCUGCGGAAAUCCUUUUUUGCCUCAAAUCCUUUUCAUUCUGGAAACAGAAGCUAUUUUGAGCUGGGUAGCAUAUGCUAUUCUUAAUAAUAAACAACCUACCAGCUAGCCUUGCAGAAGGUAUAUUUGCUCAUCUUUCCACCUUACACACUCUACAUUCAAAGGUUAUUAAAAUGAUUUUGAUUCCUGUUACCCAGAAAAUCCUCUUUUACAUUUAUAAUGGGAUUACUGUAAAUCAUUAUUAUACCACAAUGAUUUUUUUCUCAUGAAUUAUCUGGUGUCACCAUCCUGGCUGGCCUGGUAGUGGUAGCAUAAAGAGAAUAUAAGAAUUUGGGUUCUGUUCACAUUUGGGAAAUUAAUGCAUGCUUGCAGAUUGAGUUGGAAAGAGAGGAAGGGUACAUGUCAGUUAUUACUAGUACUACCUCCUUUUACAGCUAGGUACACUGAUGAGUUCUGGAGAGGAGUUGGAUAUAGGAGGAAAAUUAGGGUGGGAAACUGGCUUGCUGGUGGUGAGGGAGAAUAGGCAUGUUUGUACUGUGAUUUAUCAUGCCUUAUUUAAGAGAGGGGGUUUAGUAGUGGAUAGAGUACUGAAAUGGGACACAGAAACUCUAGGUUCAAAUCCUGGCUCCUGGGUGGUUUUCCUAGAUGCUUUGGGGCAAGUUCUGGAGUUGCUUUUUAUGUACAAGAUCCUAACCUGUAAAAUGGAGACAAAAUAUACCUAUUUACUGUGAAACAUUUCAGUAUCACAGUGAUGAGGUACUACAUAAGAUAAUCGCUUCCAAGAUUUUGUUAGUUGUAACUAUACGCAAGAGAAUAAAUACUUGACUCUAAGUAUAUUUUAGAAUAUAUAAAUAGCUCAAUUUCUGCUGAAGGGGAAUAUACCUGGAGCUUUAUUGUGUUGGCAGGAUAGUCAUGGAUUAAAAUGGAGCUGUUCAGUGUUGAUGAUAUGAAGUAUUUCAAGAAGAGAGAGCCCAGAGUUCUGCAGAGCAUAUUUAAGUUAAGUCAAUUUAAAGCUCAUGAAAGCAGUUAGUUUGGUAGACUGAAAUCCACUAUAAACACAGAAAACCACCAAAACAGUUCAAAUGUGGUCUGGGUACAUGAUUCCUUAGAGCAGCGAUUCUCAACCAGGGUGCCAUGGCACCCUGGGGUACCUUGAAAUCAUAUCAAGAGUGCUGCAGGGUGCUAUAAAAUGGUAGCA